AUGACCUUCUCAUCAUCAUCCUUCUACGGCUUGCGCGAUGCUGUGUGUCAUUCUCUUGGGAAAGGUGGGCUUGAAGCUGGUCGGAUUCUGGCCGCCCUUGAAGGAAAGAAGUCAGACGCUAGCAGAGCAAUAAGCCAUCUUCAACUUGGCGAGUCGCAACUAUGUGAAAAGGACUGGUGGACUACAGAAAGCGACGAAGUUCUGGAGACGUACAUUUCAGCUUUUAGUGACGUUUACUACAAUUUCAUUCCCAGGGCCGAUAUCCUCAAACGGAUCAAGGAGGCAUUCCUUCCAGACGCGAGUCAGCUCGUCCGUGGCUUCGCACACGCCGUCAUCGCCCUCGGCGUAUACUGCCAUCGACUCUCCAGGCGGCAGCCCGGAGGCGCCGUCUCUGCCGUUUGCCAUGACCAGAAUCAGAACUCUUCCGCAUCUGCAUCCGUGAGAAGUGAUACUGACGGCGCCCGAGUGAUGUGGAGGCUGCGUGCCGCCCUUGGUUUCCGCGAGAUUGUCCUUGCUCAUGGUAAGGCCCUAGUGUCCAAUGUGCUGGCCUCUGUCGCCCUCGAGUGCAAGAUGUCAUCUCUUGUUACUGAGAACAUAGUUAUCGCCGCCAUGCACGCCCGCGAACUGUGCUCGUCAUAUGAUAUUCCCGGCGAUGUAUUCGAGCCCGCUUUGGCAUACUCAUAUGUGCUGGAUGUGGUGCACGCGCUCGAUCGGGGAUUGCCUCCGGUAAGUAGGUCUCCUUGGCCCAGAGUCCUUUGA